CGGUCUCCACAGAUUUCGGCCUCGGUCCAGCCAAGCUCCAGCCAAGCGAGAUCCGGCCGGCGCCGUUGACAAAUCCAUGCUUGUUUCUUUCGAAUUGCAUCUGCAACUCAACCUCGACCGUCCUCUAAAUCCCGCGAUUUUCUCCAGGUAAACAGGAAAAAGGGGAAUCACACACAAAACAGCACAGCAUGGCCGCCCUCCGCCCAGUAACCCGCGCAGUCGCCCGCGCGCGGCCCUCCUCCCUCACAGCACCCGCCAUGCGCCUACUACGCUUCAACUCCUCCUCGUCACAACAACCGUCCGCCCGCGAUCUCGAAGUCGGCGAGCUCCAAGGCGCCACCUUCAAAGUCGAGCCGCUGCGCCGCGUCGGCGAAGACCCCUCCACCAUGCGCGCCCGCCUCCUCUACCAGUCCCGCAAGCGCGGCACGCUCGAAUCCGACCUGCUCCUCUCCACCUUCGCGUCGACCCGCCUAGCGACCAUGACGCCCGCCCAGCUGGCCGAGUACGACCGGUUCCUGGACGAGAACGACUGGGACAUCUACUACUGGGCGACACAGCCGGAGGGGACUUCUACGAGUAGUGAUGCGCAAGGCGGGGUUGAUGCACAGGCUGGUGCACCUACUGGGGGGAGGAGUGCGAGUGCGAGCGCGAGUAAGAGUGACGCCCCGCCGCAAGCGUCCCCCCGCCCGGGGGAGUGGGCGCAGACGGUGGGGACGUUCAAGCCGACGUACCGGCCGGUGCCGGCGCGGUGGAGGGAGAGCGAGGUGCUGCGGCUGCUGCGGGAGCACGUCGAGAGCCGGCGGGGCGCGGGCAAAGGGGGGAUGGGGUUCAUGCCGCCGCUGGAGGAGUAUAAGAUGUAGGGCU